AUGGAAUCUGGUCUUGAAGAUCUGCCUUCGCAGUCCGGUCAUUGCCCAUUGAAGCCCCGAUCUCUGGUAGAGCCGAGCACCAGCUCCUCGGAGCUCAAGGUGGGAGACUCCGUGUUGGCCGAGGUGGCCGUGGACUAUCUCGAUGACUUAGAUUCACAUCAUCCGGAAGAGCGGGUCGAGGUCUACAAGGGCACCAUCCUGGGGUUUGUGGGAGGCAUGGUCCGUGUCAUGCUGGACACCGGCGAGGAGCAAAUCCUCAAGCGAUCUUCCGUGCAAGCCGUGAAGGAUGGAGGCCUUUUCACCUUGUGGGUCGCUGUUGGAGAUGCCAUGGCCGUGUACCGAUGUGAGGUUCUGGUGAAGCGACAAGUCAUCUUGGCCCUGGAGCAGGAUGUCAUCUUUGACUCCACAAGGCAGGUGCGGCCAGUCGACCUCUACAAGGGCCUGCAUGUGACCUCGCCGCACCGGGGUGCCGGCGUGGUCGCGAAUGUCGCACCUGAAAUCGGCCUUUGCUCCGUGCGCUGGGAGGAGAACGGCAUCACCGAGGUCGUUCCCAGCAGAGAUUUGUUGAUGACGGGCAGCGAUGCUACAAAG